CAUACCUGCAUAAAGCUUGGAAGCUGCACUUUCCAACUCAUUUUGAAAACAAAUGUUGUCCCGCUUGGUUGUCCCUCUAACUCUCUCGGCAGAGCACGCAGCACGCCCACAAACAAACACAGCGCGCUGGCUUGAAAGAUCAUUUAAUUUUCGUUCUCAGGAAUAAGUUGGAAUUAUGACCUAUUUAACCUCACGAGACCACCGUGAUCUGAUGCUGCUUUAUUCAGAACGUGACGCAUGUUAUACGUGUUAUUUAUUGAAGUUUGGAAAGAGUUAACUAAGACUGCGAUUAUUUUGGGCAAAAUAUAUAUAAAAGUUCUUAAAAUUUCAGAUCAAAACUCAGCCGAGCUGGACAUCCUGAGGUUACAGUCAACUUUUUGAAGAAUAAACGAAGAGGCCAGGAGAAGCCUGAUGCUAAUGUGAAAAAGCCCAGGAAGGCAGAAGUUAAUUUCUGUCCAAGCAUGCCCAGUGGUGAAAAAAUAGAGAGUAUGGAGGCAAAAAGAGUGGCUUUACUGACAGAAGUAAAAAAGAAGAAAAAAGAUGCAGCAUACUUUUUCAAGGAGGCAGGAGGUUCUUCAGGAGCCAGCAAUUGCAGAGUUUGUAGACAGAUGGCCAGCACUUUUUGACAUCUGUGAGAUCAACUUUGAAUUUAUGCGACUGACAACUGUACCUCUGACCUCAAAAUUCCUUGGAGAACUGGACUGUCACUCUGGCAAACUGAUAGAGAUUUUUAAUGCCAAAGGUGGUGCUGCAGGAAGAAAGAUCAGCGCCAUAAUGGCCCAGAUGAAUAAUAAUGAAGAUGUCAAUGUGAGGCGAGAUUGUGUGAUGAGCUGUCUGAGCAUCUACCUCAAUGAAGACCUGGACACACUUGUUAAAGAAUAUGUGGACAUUGAAUCCAGAGAGGCAGAGGAAGACAUGGCAGGAAAAACCAUGGGCAUCUACAAAGUACAAUCAGAGGAUCAUGGUCAAGGUGAUAGACGCUUCACUGAUGUCCGUGUUGUGCUGGAAGGUGUGGAGGUUCUCCACAAACUGAAGAGUGUCACUCAUGCAUGCGUUAUGUUAUAUGGCCUGAUCUACGCGCUCAAUUUGAACUACCCUAAAAGCCUGAAGUGUACAUUUGAGGUGUACCAAAAAAUCCUGAUGGACCUGGACUCAACCAAGCUUUCCCCGAAAGUACAGACACUGGACUGAAAAUGGAUCUCGGAGUACAGUUUUAUUUUUUAUUUAUUUAUUUUUUUGGGUGUCCAAGCAGUCAUGUGAUGUUCGAGUGUGGCUGUGUAAGUGGGUUCAUAUGGAUGGUUUCCUAAAUGUUGGCUGAUGUUAACUUGGCUCAAUCCAGAGUUUUGUAUCAAAGACAAAUAUAAAUAA